UAUAUAUAUUGAGUUUUUAUCCUUGGCUGUACACCGCCUUGAGUCCUUCGGGAAAAAGGCGGUAUAAAAAUCUAAUAAAUAAUAAUAAUAAUAAUAAUAACACACCCCAUGAUAGGCUUAUAACCCCACCAGCCCACCAGGAUGAGGAUUAACCUUGAACCUAAGUCUCUUUGCUCUUCAUUAACAUCUUUGCUUCCUAAAUAUGCCCACAACUUCCGUUAUGGUUUUCUUUCUUCCCACCAGAGAAAGGAGAAAAACAUAAAAAAAAGUCACAGUAGAAGUGAAAAGUCUUUGAUCUUCCAGAUGUGGUGCUUCAACUGCCAACAGCCGCAACUGGCUGGCUGGCACCUAGACUCUUCAAAGAAUGCGGUGUGAGCACCCAGUUUCCACAUAGUUUUUUUUCUCAAACGCAGCAACUUUUAAGAUGCUUUGCCCUUCCAGUUCCCAGAAUUCCCCAGCCAGCUAAGGCCACGGAUCUUAAAAGUUGCUGAGGUCGAGAAACAUUGAGCCAGACGUAGCAAUAAGCUUACAUUUGCUCAACCAUGGUUUAUCAAACGAACCACCAUCAGCUGGGCUCAUCCCAUUCUCUCGGUCAAAACCGAAGGAAUAACAUUUAAUUUAGCACAGCGUGUAACCCAGUUAACAGUUUUUUUGAAUGGGAGAACUGGAAUUCAUUUAUCCCAAAGCAGGCUCAGACUUUUAAUAGAAGGAUAGAUCUGGUCUUUCUGUAUCUCAAAUCCCAGUUUUCAUCAAUUAUAAUUAUGGAUGUGCACUACUUGACUUACACCAAAAUAGGAGCUGGGAAAAAAAUUGUCAUUUAAGCAGUGCAGACAUUAAGUGAGGCAUCAUAGAAUAGAAUAGAAUAGAAUUUUUUAUUGGCCAAGUGUGAUUGGACACACAAGGAAUUUGUCUUGGUGCAUAUGCUCUCAGUGUACAUAAAAGAAAAGAUACGUUCAUCAAGGUACAACAUUUACAACACAAAUGAUGGUCAAUAUAUCAAUAUAAAUCAUAAGGAUUGCCAGCAACAAAGUUACAGUCAUACAGUCAUAAGUGGAAAGAGAUUGGUGAUGGGAACGAUGAGAAGAUUAAUAGUAGUGCAGAUUCAGUAAAUAGUUUGACAGUGUUGAAGGAAUUAUUUGUUUAGCAAAGUGAUGGCCUUCGGGAAAAAACUGUUCUUGUGUCUAGUUGUUCUGGUGUGCAGUGCUCUAUAGCGUCAUUUUGAGGGUAGGAGUUGAAACAGUUUAUGUCCUGGAUGUGAGGGAUCUGUAAAUAUUUUCACGGCCCUCUUCUUGAUUUGUGCAAUAUACAGGUCCUCAAUGGAAGGCAGGGAUACUCCAAAGAUGAAAACCGAAAAGGAAGCUGCAGGCAGCCCCACUGCUGAAUCUGAGGGGAGCCUCCAGCUUGUUGUGACCGGCAUUGUGGGAGAGGAUUUGCCUGAAGCGAUGCCAUCACAGAUUAAAAUGGAACCGGAAGAGGGACAUGUGACAUCUUGGGAAGACCGGUGGCAGAAUUUCCUUAAGGAAGCCGAGUCCUCGUGCUCCAUGUGGGGAAACACCCCACCGGAAAGCCGCCAGGAUCUCCGUGGGAGAAGGAUCGUCACCAUCCCGCCCGGCUUCAAGCAGGACGAGCAAACCACUUCCGAGGAAGCCCACCGCCAGCAUUUCAGGAGAUUCUGCUACCAGCCGUCUGAAGGUCCCCGAACGGCUUGCAAACGGCUGAAGAAAUUCUGCUGGGGGUGGCUGCAACCAGAAAGACGCACCAAAGACCAGAUCCUGGAGCUGGUGAUCCUGGAGCAGUUCCUGGAGAUCCUGCCUCUGGAGAUCCAGAGAAGAAUUCGGGGGUACGGCGCGGAGACGUGUUCGCUGGCCGUAGCUCUGGCGGAAGAGUUCUUGCUGAGGCAGCACGAGGCGGAGCAGGCGGAAGAGCAGGUCCCAAGUCCAGCUGAUGAACAGGGUGGAGAUUUCUGUGAUUCUGGAGAGCCUUCAGUGGAGACCCCAGAGACACCCCCCUAUAAAGAGAUGAAACUGGAGGGAAAUGAAGAUGCUUCCUUAUUAGAAAGCGACCAAGAGAUGUAUCAGCCUAUUGAGGAAGAUCAGACAGACGAUUUUGACAGAUCAGAGAUAGAAGACGUUGUCAUUGACUAUCCCGAAGAAAACGAGACGCAGAAUUCAAAAGAGAGUGAGCUGGAUGGGGUCAACCUCUGGAGGUUCGCUGUCCCCCCAAGACAGCACAAAGAUGGGCCAAGGCACACCUGCCUCCUUUGUGGGAGAGCGUUUACCCGAAAAUCAAGCCUGAAUAGACAUCUUAUUAUUCAUACCGGAGAGAAGCCCUACAAAUGCGCUCACUGUGGGAAAAGCUUCAAUCGGAAGACCAACCUGCUCUCCCACGAGAUGGUCCACGCCAGGGACAAGUCAUAUCAAUGUUCGGACUGUGGGAAAAACUUCAAACCGAAGUGGGGUGUCAACGCCUACCAGAUCGACCACACCGGAGAGAAGGUCUACAAGUGUAUUUCUUGUAAAAAGAGCUUCCGGCAGAGAUUAGAAUUGGGGAGGUUGUUGAACGGGCAGAAGAAGGAACUCACCGCAGGGCAGUUGAAAGGGGAGUGGAAAGACGGAGUCUUUGGCCCCCUAGAAGACCACCAUGAGAAACAGGCAGAAGAAGGCGAGAUGGCCGAAGACAAAAAUGUCGCCACGAUCGGUCCGUACGACGACCUCGAUAAAAUGAACAGCUCGCUGACGUCGUAUAAGGGAAGGCAGGGGAGCCCCUGCCCGAUUUGUGGGAAGGUCUUUGCCACGCAAUCGAGCGUGAACCGGCACAAGAGGAUCCACACGGGAGAGAAGCCGUAUCAGUGCUCCGACUGUGGGAGAAGUUUUAAUCAGAAGACGACUCUGCUAACCCACAUUGUGAUCCACACCGAGCAGAAGCCGUAUCAGUGCUCGGAAUGUGGGAAGCACUUCCGCCAUUCCUCGGGCCUGUUGGUGCACCAGAGGAUGCACACGGGAGAGAAGCCCUACAAGUGUGCCAUCUGCCGGAAGAAUUUCACCCAGCGGGCACACGUGGUCAAGCACUUUGUGAGAAAGCAUGCGCGAGAGAAGCCAUCGGCUUACCUUUCUCAGUCCCCUCAGUAAUGGCGGCAGCUCUAAUAGGAUGGCACUCUUUCGCCUUGAGUUUGGAAAUUGGUUUCUCCUCAGGAGCUCCCCCUCCUUGGUGUCCUCACAAUUUUGUUUCUUUGUAGUUCACAGCACUGAGCACUUAAAACCACCAGGAACGCGUGACCCGCAGCCUCAGGUCACAAGGGGUGGGUUGCCAUUUUGCAGAAGAAACGCUCAAAUUAAGAUCUAAACUAGACUUGACUGUGCUUUAAAACAGCUCCUUCUCAAACGCGGGUUGCGUGGGAGAAACAGCACUGUCUCUCUGGGCCAAAUAACGCUGAAGACAAAGAUGAAAUUGUCAGCUGCCUCAGCAAAAUUGCUGAGCCCCAUGAAACAACAGCUGAUGUCAAGAUUCCCAAAGGCAGUGAAAAUAACAGUGUGGGUUGUCCUCACUUACUGACUGCUUCAUUCAGUGACCGGUCAAAGUUACAUCAGUGCUGAAAAGUUAACUUUAUGACUGAUGUCUGCCCUUAAAGACCUUCAUAGCGUUCCUUGGUCACGUGAUCGGUCUCACAGUCAGUCUGCUUUGUCCUGUGCCUGACCCGUUGUUUUUCUUUUUCUUUGUCACCUUGCUUGCAGAUUGGAGAGAUUGGAGAAGAUUACAAGAGAGUAAAUGGGCACACAAUGGGGAAUAUGCAUUAUAAGCAAUGUAGUGGCAAUAGCAGCCAGUGUAUUCUCCAUUAUGUACCUGCUUACUCUCUUGUAAUCCCUUCCUCUUCAAACUCUCCACUGUGUAAGCAGGGUGGGGAGAAAACAGGUCAGACAUAGGAGAGCUUGCCUACAGAAAACCCUCUUUUCUGCCCCCCUCACAGAAGGGAGAGAUAGGAUUACAAGAGAGUAAGCAGAGCACACAAUGGGGACUAUAUUGGGGGCUGUUUACAUAGCCAGAACCAAGUCACUGAUUUCAAUGUGUAUUCCCUAUUGUAUGCUUGCUUACUCCCUUGCAAUCCCUUUCUCUCCAAUGAAUGUAAAUAUACAUGUUAAUUCCCUUUUUGCUUAUGAACCCAGUGCUGGCAUUCCAGAGGAUUGGGAAAAUAGAGAAAAGAGAAAUGCAGUGACAGUUGUGAUUUCCCACUUAGCGACCGCUUCACUUAACAACAGCUGCCGGUCCCAAUUGUGGGUGUUAAAUGCGGACUACCUGUGUUCCAGAAUACGGUAGCCAUAUCAAAGAAUUGGCAAGUUUGUGAGUGAAUGGGAACGACUGGAGUGUAUAACCGGUUGUAGGUCACCCUGGCGUUCUUUUGCACUGCAGCUCUUUCAGAUGAAAUGCUCGGUUUUUAUGUUACUUCUAGGCAUCCAGGGUGUAUGUGUGGAGAGGAAAAUGAUGAACGCACGUGUGACAUUGUGACAUAAGCUCCACCCCUUUAGUAUAUGUGCCAGGACGUUUGCAGACAAGAAAGGGACAGAGCGUGCUCUGCAAUGCUACAACGCCGCUUUCGGCAGGUUGAUCUGGGUUCGCCUAUUAACACUUUUUAAUACUUUUUAAAAAUUGGAAUUCUCGUGAGAAUUUCAAACAUUUUCAUAGUGCUGCUGGUUCAAUUUUAACAGGCCCGUAAUGUCGGAUUACAAACUUGUUUCCCAGAUGCUUUGCUAGUGGUUGCUGCUUAACCUUGGCAACGUGAAGAGGUGGGUACUACAGCACGGGGCACCCGCCGUCUUGAAAUAUUACCUAGACAUUUUUAUUCUUUAGCGUCGACUGAUUUGGCUGCUAUAAGUAGGAACUGAAUGACUGUUUUUAACUCGGCUGUUUCUUAAUCCAGCCAUCCAGUAUGUAUAGCAAAUUUCCCUUUUGGAAAGAAUUGAAUCUGUUCUGUUUACUUAAUUCUCAUUAACGUAACCUGAUGCUUGUUUUCACGCUCUGCGUUCCCGCUCUCCUGCUGGAGACCGCCUGAAAUAUUUCAGCCUUUGACUAAUUUCUCAGAAAAUUAGUUUCUCUUUGGUUCUCUGUGGCAAGUGAGCGAUGGGCACAAUCUCUGUCGAUGGAGAGGGAAGGUAGAAAAUGGUUACUCUUCGCAGAAGCCGAAUAGAAUAAACCUAAUUAAGAACAUUGGCUCUGAAGCAACGUCUCUUUGGCGUGUCCUGUGUGGGAAUUAUUGCAACAAAAAGAGGAACACUUUCUCUAAUAUUCUUGCUUUCUUCAAGAGUCCAAUGGUUGUGAUGGCAUUUUUUUUUUCCUGGGCAAAAAAAUAUUCAUUGGUAUGGGAAGUAGUGAAAUACAGGUAGGCCUCGACUUACAACAGUUCAUUUAGUCACCGUUCAAAGUUGCAACGGCACUGAAGUGACUUUUAUGACCAUUUUUCACACACGACCCUUGCAGCAUCCCCAUGGUCACGUGAUCUAUAUUCAGCCGCUUGGUAACUGACUCACAU